UUUCCUAAAGUUUUCGAAAGUACAACAACGCUAAAUCUAAUUGUCAGACGAAUUAUGUGAUUUUCACUGUAAGAUACUAAAGGAAAGGGUUGUUUGAUGAGAGAUCGUUGCAUGAACAGGCGAUUGUGUUUACAAACACAGUGCUCAUUGAAAGUUGGACAGAACUUGAAAAAAGGUAUUUUAUCCACUCCACUCUUGAGCCUGUUUGCAUGCAGAAGUAGAGUAUGUCAGACAGUGAGGAAGAAAAACCAUCACAAAAUAUGUCGGACUCGGAUGAGGGAACAUCAGUGGACCACGAAAAACCAGAACCCGUGGCUGGUCAAUUUCUGAUUACCGGUGACACAAGCUCAGCAGAAGAUGAGGGCGACAAUAAGGAAACUGACCCCAUGACAUCGGAAAACCCCUCUGGUCGGUAUUUUACUGAUGACACUAGUUCUGUAGAAGAUGAGGAAGAAGAUAAGGAAAGUGAACCCCAGAAGGAAAACCGAGGAAAUCUGUCCUCUGAUGAUAGUGAAAGUGAAAAGUUUGAAGAUGCCCAUCAGCAUGUGGAAGCUUCCCCAGAACCACCAAAGAAGCUCACAAUUACAGACCAAACCCCAAGUCAAAAUUCAGAGGGCAGUGGAAGUCCAAGUAGCCCAGAGGAUGCAGUAUGGAGUCCCCCAACAUUUUCUCCAGCACCCUCCUCAACUAAUCAGCCUCCCCACUCUAAUCUACAGGAGGUCCCUGUUCAAGUACCUCCAACAGCGCCACCUAAGUCAAGGGAAGCUACUCCUACAGGAAAAACGGUAACGGACAGGACAGUGUAUCAGAACUGGGGUCCUGAUAACAAAGCUCAAGGAGAUGGAUCCAAUGAACCAGAGAAAAAAGAGGAAGCACCAAAAGACAGAACUGUUUACGAGAAUUUCAACCCAGGGCUAGAAUCUGCCCCUCCAGUUCCUGAGAGGUCAUACAGGCGAGAUGCUCCCCCACCCAUCCCUCCUAAGAGCUUUCGUAGUAUGCCCCUAACACCUGAAUCUGCUCAUUUUAGUAGUGAUGAAUACAACAGUAUGCGUGCUACAUCAGGCAACACAAACCAGUCCAAUGUUGCUACACAUCCCACAUUACCAGAGCAACCUGCUACGGUGCAACAGAGCAACACCAUUGUAGAAGGGCAGGCCCCGGCAUUGCCCCCUAAACCCCCAAUCAGUGACUUUGAGGCUUAUCAAUCACUCCCUCCAAAGAUGGAUUAUCCACAUACACCAUUCCAUUCAACUCCAUAUUCCUCAUUGCCUGGAAGCAUGCCAAGUUAUGGUAAUCCGUAUAUGUCUGGGCAACAGACCCAAGACAUUGACCUCAGUGCUUUGGGAUUUCCACCAGAAGUACUACAGAACCCUGCUUACUUGCAACAAUUCAUGUACUGGCAACAGUAUUAUUAUAUGCAACAGCAACAGCAGUAUCAACACCAACAGCAACCUCAACAACAACACCCCAAGGGAGCCCCAUCCGCUAAGGCUGCCAGUGGUCCCACUCCAGGAGGAGACUCCAAUGAAGCAUCUCAAGGUCAAGGCAAGGAAAUUCCAGAUCCCAAAGGUCAAGGUCACACAACUCCAAUCCCGCAGUCCAAGACUAAGCCUGAACACAAACCCUCAAAGCCUGAACCAAAGAAGAAAGAUAAGAAACCAGCCAAGAAGUCACAUGCAGGAAAUGUAGAAACUGAACCUAAACCUGCCCCAAAGCAAAAAGAACAGACUCCUGAGGACCUAUUUGUAUGUGUGAGUGGCCUACAUCCUGACACCAAUGAAGAGACCCUGACCAACUUCCUUGAGGCCAGAGCUACUGAGGAUGUGGAAGUAGAGAGUGUGGUCUACAAUGAAGGGAAGACCACUGCCAUUGUACAAUUUAAUUCUCCUGUUGAUGCUGAAAAAUUGAAUGAAGCAAGCAAGAAGAAAAAGUUAGAGGGGAAAAAUAUUGAAAUCAGUGCCAUAGAUCCAGUGAAGCUUAUUGUGGUGUCAGCAGAAGGGGAAGUGACUGAUGGAAAUCUGAAGCAAUACUUUCAGAACAAAUCACGGAGUGGAGGUGGAGAGGUUCAGAGGGUGACAAGUAGAAAUGAUGGCUGCUUCACGGUCAAAUUCAAACACGAAGAAGAUGCCUUAAAUGUUUGUAAAAAGUCGGACCAUGAAGUAUCAAACACACCCCUUGUGGUUACUCCCAUGUUUUUCACGGAUCAAGGAGAGAUUUACGAUUCCUCCAAACACACAGUGCCAAUACCAGAGGCAUUCACCAUUGACGAUAUAGACUCUCAUGUACAAAAAUUUCUACAGCAAUCAAACCCAGUGUUAGAACGGCUCAAUUCUGAGCUAGAGAAGAAACACGCCAAGGUCAUUAUCGAAACAGAGGAAAUUCAGGUGGAUUGUCUGCUGAAUCAGAAAACGCAAAAUGUACGUCAGCUCAUCAAGUCUUGGAAAACAGAUGUAAAAGAAAUUUUUGAAGAUUAUGUUCGUGAAAGCAUUCAUAAGACCGAGAUUGAAGUGACAGAAGAUGCUUGGAACGAAGUGGAAGAAUACUUGACUGUCACACAUACACAUAACCCUGAGAGAAUUCUGACUGUCUAUGAAAAAGAUAGUCUGAGGAUUGUAAUGGUUGGAGAGAAAAUGUUGGUCCAGGAAGUGCACACUCAAACCAGUAACCAGCACAAAGCCAUAGAAAGCAAGAUUGAAAGGAAGAAACAGAUAAUAUCCACAGAGAAAGAAUGCUGUGCUCCGAAUAUAAGACUUCUAGAGAGACUAGGAAUUAUCACGGAGGUGAAUGACAUAAGAGAAGAUUUGAAUGUAGAUACAGAUUGUCCAAAUGAGAAAAUCUUGUUCAAGGGAGUGAGGGAAGACAUUUUGGAGGCGAGAGUCAAAAUUGAGGAAAAGCUAAGUCAGUUUGAGAGGUGGACAAUUUCACAACAAGAGUUAUCCAAAUAUCAAAUUCUCAUGCUAGGAGCUGAACCAGGGCAAUCUAACCUACAGAGAGAGUUUGAAGGCAAGGGGCUUACAGUAGAGAUGGAAUUCCAAGAUGGCAGUAUUAAAGUGUACGCAAUAGACAGUAGUCAGAAAUCCAUAGCUAAUAAGAUAAUCCUGGACAUGACUAAAGAAUCUGUGAUUGCCCUGGAUGAAACCUCUUUGAAUGUUCUUUCCACUGAAAAAUGGGAGUAUGAAGUGAUGACGAUGCAGUCAGAGUUUUACGAAAAAGUGAUGAUAUCUCCGGCAAAUGAUGCCAAAAUCACGGUCACAGCAUUUAGUGAUCUUCAUGACUUUGUCAAAACAAAGCUGGAAGACUUCAUUAAAGAGAAUUCCAUCUAUACAGAUAUUGUGGACAUUGAGGAUGAAGGGGUUAUGAAAUUUAUAGGAAAACAUUGUUCAAAACAGUUGGAAGGCAUUCAGGAAAAUCUUUCACAACAUUUUGUAAAACUAGAUGUUAAGAAUAAACAGGUAAUGAUAGAAGGGACCAAGGAAGGCCUGUUUCAGGCCAGAUCUGAUGUUAAGGAUAUGAUCGGGGAUAUACAUCAUGUCAUGAAAAAGUACGAUCAACCAGGAAUCAACAAAGUCCUACGAACGGACCAAGAGCAACUGAUAGAAAUUGAGGAAAAGUAUCGUUCCGUUAUCAUGUUUACCGGUCCCAAACAGCCAGAUUUCACAUUUAAAGCAGAACCAGUCCGAACCAAACGACGAGGUAUGCAUGAAAGAGGGGAGUUCCAUUCAAUGCCAAUGCCUGGAAUAAGGGAUUUUUAUGAAGAAGGCAAACCCACACCUGUGCAAGCUCCACAGAUUCAGAAAGGACCUUACUGCUGUGCUGAGAGUAACAUCAUAAUUAGACUGAUCAGGGGGGAGCUGGCAAAACAACAGGGAGAUGUCAUUGUGUGUUCUGUGGCACAGGAUCUUCAUCUGAAUAAAGGAAAAUCCAGUAAGAAUCUGCUAGAAGUAGGUGGACAAGGACUGAUGGCGGAGGUGGAGACUAAGUACCCUAAUGGCAUCCAGGCGGGGGAGCUGGCUAUCAUCGGAGGGGGGAACCUGAAGUGUCAAGAGCUGUACCUGGGUUAUCUCCCCAACUGGGGGUCCACGCACGGCAAGGAUAAUGCAUAUAAUUCUGAGGCAGAGAUAUUGGUGGAGUUUAUGAACAAAUGCCUGAGAACGGCCCACAAUUCAUCCCACCAGUCCAUUGUUUUCGCAGCCUUGGGCACGGGCCAGCUGGGCUACCCCAAAGACCAGGUAGCAGAGAUGAUGUACCAGACUGUCAUCGACUUCGACCGCAAAUGUGCGGGGACUCAGGUCAAAGAGGUCAAAUUCAUCUGUUACCAUGGAGAUCUGGAAACUUGUGAGGCAUUUGAAGCGGAGGAGAAACAUCGACUUAAUCCUCAUCUCCCUAAAACCAAAACAAAAGCUUCCAGAAAGGGUCCAUACAUCACAAAGAGCAAGAUGAAGGUUUCCAUUGUAAAGGGUGAAAUUGGAAAACACAGCGCUGAUGUCUUAGUUGUCGCUUGUGAAAAGUCGCUGAAUCUAGCGUCAUCUGGAAAAGCUGCCCAGUCUCUGUUACAAGGUGGAGGGGACUUGCUACAAGAGGGAGCUAAAGUGAAGUACCCCAGCGGCAUCGCUAACUUUGGGGACUUUGCUAGUAUUCCAGGAGCUGGGCUGAAAUGUCAAGAAGUGUAUUUAACUGCCAUUCCUGGUGAAGAAGAGAAAUCACAGACAACCUUGUGUAAAUUUGUGGCGGACUGUAUGAAGCAUGCCGACCAAUCAGGAUACAGCUCCAUUGCUUUUGCUGCCAUGGGAACAGGAAAAAUGAACUAUUCAGCUACAGAGGUGGCCAAAAAUUUUUACCAUGAAGUGAAGAAAUAUUCCAACAACCAUCCAAACUGUAAUGUUAAACAAGUGCAGUUUGUUCUCCAUCCAGCAGAUACAAAAACCAUCAAAGCUUUUGAAGACCAUGAAAUGCAGAUGUUAAAUAAAACUGUGUACUCCAGUGGUUCGGGUGCUUACACCACAUCAGGUCAUGGUAUUGUUGUAACAGUAAAGACAGCCUCUAUCACAAAAUUGAAGGAUGAUGUCAUUGUUGUGUCUGCCCACCCUGACCUUGACCUCAGUAGGACACAGGUCACGCAGGCCGUAGUGAAGGAGGGAGGGGUCAAAAUUCAGAAGGACUUGAGGAGUAGCUACCCUAACGGAAUCCAAGUAGGGGAUCUGGCCAUUGUGAACGCAGGGAACUUGCCAUGUCAGGAGGUCUAUAUCAUGACCUUACCAAAAUACAAUGAAGAUCCCAAAACAGCAGAAAAGAAUCUGAAAGACUUGGUGGUGAAAUGCCUGACCGUAGGUAACCAGAAGGGGCAUAGUUCCAUCUCAUUUCCCUGCCUGGGUACAGGGUAUAACGGGUACCCACACAUUCAGGCCGCUGCCUUGCUGUUUGAGGCAGUAACUGAGUACGACAGAAAGGUGUCCUCAACCAGCGUCAAGUCGGUCAACUUUGUAGCUCUCAACAGUGAUCGCAAAUCUCUUGGGGCAUUACAAAGUGAGGAGAAAAAGUUUUGUUCCCAGCAGGCCCAACCCUCCUUUGAUCAGUCUGUCAUGGGUCAGAGUGUUAGUUUUGGUUCUUUGGGUUCCUCUAUGGCUGCUGGGGCCACCAGUUUUGCCCGGGGCAUGAUGACUAGAGCCAGCAGAAUGUUCAAAAGUGAGAUGGAGGAGGAGGAAAAAACCUCUGAAGUCGUCGCAAGACAUGGACAAAAACCAAAUGAGGUUGUGAUUGGCCAGUUGACAAUAAGUGUAAGUGCAGGCGACCUUACAGAGCAGAAAGUUGAUGCCAUUGUCAACAGCACCAACCUAGAGCUGGACUUUACACAAGGGGGAGUUUCUGGUGCACUUGCCAAGAAAUGUGGAAAACAGCUGGAGACUGAGUGUACCACUAAGAAGAAAGAAAUGAAGGAUAAGAAGAUGAUUGUGACUUCUGGCUGUGGACUUCGUAAUGUAAAGCACAUCAUCCACAUUGAAUGUCAGGACACCAUCAGAAAAUGGAAGGACACGGUGAAGAAAACACUGGAGAUGGCGGACAACAACCAGUGUACAACUGUAGCCUUCCCAGUUCUAGGAACAGGGAAAGGCUAUGUAACCUUCAAACCUGAGGCCAUUGGAGAGAUGUUUGUGGAGAGUGUCUCUGAGUUCCUGUCACAGAGUGGUCAAAAGAAGAUCACACUGGUCAAGAUUGUAGCUUUUCAGGAGGAAAUGGUCACUACCUUGUCCACUGCAAUGAGAAGUGCUUGUGGCAAACCCAAGAAUACAGGGAUGUUGGACAAGCUGUCAGACUUGGCAAGCAAUGUUGGGUUGGCGCCCCAGAAAGGCGUGGCCUCAGUGGCUACUGUGAAUGAAGACCCGUCUGUGACGUUGUGGAUCUAUGGAGAAACAAGGGGGGCCAGAGAUGAUACCAUUGAGGAAAUAUCCAAAUUCAUCAAAUCACAGUCAACACAGGCCAAGAUUGAAGACAAAACCUUGUUACCAAACUUAAAACCAAAUGAGUUGGACAAGAUUAAAAAGGUUCAGGAGCAGCAUGAUGUCAAGAUGUCCAUUGAACAACAGAGGGGGGUUAUAAUGGUGGAAGGGUUGACAGAAGAGGUAUCUAAUGCCAAGGACAAGAUACACGAGCUUCUGAGGCACUUCCAGAGGGAGAGAUGGUUAGAUGAGGAAGCCAAACUGGUGGCCGAUACUGUACAAUGGAGCGUCAUGGUGAAGGACCAGACAACUGGUAUAGACAAACUUGAAGAUUAUCCAGAACGCGAGAAUAUGUACCUUGAGAAUGCUUACAAGAAGAAAGAAAACAAAGUUACAUUAAAGGCAAUGGACGGGGACAUUAUUGUUGACUUGACAACAAUGAAGGAGUACCCAGCUAAUGAUCCAACCCAAACUGAUAAUGUUGUCAGGAAAGAAAAAGCCACAGGAAAUAAGAUUGAGCUACCAGCCUACUGGGCCCCAAUGAAGGAUAAUGAGAAUAUCAAGGUUGUCACCUUACUUCCCUCCAGUCAGGAAUACCAGGACAUUGAGAAGAGAUUCCUGAGUGGAGUUAAGACAGGCAUUUAUAAUACAGGCAAUGCUCCAAACCCGGCUAAUAAUCCAGUGGGGCAGUUCAACAAUGUCAAAGUCAACAAGAUUGAAAGAAUCCAAAACCCUUCAUUAUACCAACAGUAUGCAGCCAAGCUUGAUCACAUAGAAAAGCAUGUGGACCAAAAACAAGUCAAGUUAGUACAGGAUCUGUGGCAUGGAGCGGCCCCAGCAGCCAUCGUCAGCAUUAAUUACUACGGGUUUAACCGCAGCUACUGUGGAGAUAAUGGUGGAGAGCCAUGGUAUGGACGAGGUGUUUAUUUUGCCAGCGACGCCUCUUAUUCGGCAAGAGACUGGUUAUCAGGCCGGGAUCCCUCGGGGAAAAAGAAAAUGUACCAAGCCAGGGUGAUAACAGGACAUUACUGUGCCGGGAAAAAGGGAAUGAAAUACCUUCCAGAGAGAAUGAGUGGAGUGAAUUUUGAUUGUGCUGUUAAUGACUUAAAUAACCCGACAGAAUUCGUCAUUUUUAAUGACACCCAGGCAUAUCCAGAAUAUUGUAUCGAGUUCACAAUUUGAUCUCAGUAUACAAGCAUACAGUUUGAAUUUUUCUUGUUAGAAAGAGACAGGAUUUGUAUGUGAAGAUUUUUUAUAACACAUAUUUAUCACAUUUCUUUGUAUUGAUAUAGUAUAUUUUGUACUUUAUAUUGCAGUGUUUCUUUUUUGAAUUAGAUUACCAUUAAUACAAUUGCAUUUGGAGGCUAGAUAAUUAUUGUUACUGUAUAUGAACAGCAUCCUGUUACAAGUGAAUGUGUUUCAGGUUUGGAAAUGUUGAUUUUAAGCUUUUUAUCGAUGUUUUAGAAAGAAACAAAAAAUUCCUAAAAUUUAUAUGAAAAAAAAAUUAUUUGAAAAAUGUUAACCUAUAGCUGCUUAAGCAAUAUUCUGUAGAAUCAUUCGUGAUUUUCGGCAAAUCAGAGGCCCGUAAGAAGCAAUUUCAGUUGGGGGGGGGGGGGGGGGGGGCACAGCCAUACAUUUCCAGUUGGGGGCACUAUCAACUACCAAAAAUUCCUUGACAAACCAAAAAAUUAAUUUUUAUUUUAAAUUGUGCCCGGUGAAUAGGCUCAUAGAAUAUAGGUAGUGAGACAUACAAGACAAUUUAUUAGAUUAGGUGCAUAAUUGUUGUACAUGGAUGCAUUACAAAGUGAUCCCUCUCAAACUGUUAGACCACUGGGAUACUUGCUCUGCUACAAAGUGAACACAAUUUAUAGAAAAUGUGACUCUGAGCCAUGUUAACCAUUGUGUAUGAUGUACUGUUACAGGCUUACAGCCCUAAAUUGCACCUUAAAAUGUGUAUAUUGUUCUGUCUUUCAUAUGUGAUAUUCAUGAAGUGUUAAAAAAUUGAUGCCAUAAUAUUUUUAUGUUCCUCUUGAAAUGAGAAUAUUUGAUGCCAUACAAUGAUUCCUAUCUAUUUCUAAGAUUUCUGUUUUUUAGGUCACCUGAGUUACUCAGGUGACCUAUUGCUAUCCGUUUUCGU